GUCUGUCCGUCCCCACGCGCCCCGAACGCUCCCUCGACUCUCCGUCUCGUUGCUUUCUGAGACCGUCCACUUCCAUUCUGUAUCCUUCCUGGUGUUGUUUACGCAUCACUUUGUUGCAGCCUUACAUUUCGCCCUUUCCUACUAGAAAAGCAAAAUGAGCAUGGACGCAGGCGGUCUUGCUCAAAUGACUUACAACAACUUCCCGUCCAACGGCGGCAUUGGUAUGCCGACCGCCAGCUUCGCCUCCCGCGGAAAGGGUGCGUCGCUCAAGCGCCUGAGCGUUGCCUCCCCUCCCAAGGUUGCCUCGAUUUCCGAGAACGCGGAGACGCCGACUCCUCGCACCAGCCGCUCUCACCUUCUCGCUGGCCUCCGUACUGCUCCGAAGACUCCGACGUCCGCCCAACCUCCUGCGUCGGCUCCCUACGGCCAGCGCCAGCACCAUAUGGGCAGCGGGGAUGCAGGCCGCUUCGCCCACCAGGGUUACAAUGCUGCCAACCAAGGCGUUCCUCAGACUGCCAUUGGAUCUGGCUUCUCAGGUGCCAACCAGUUCAACCAGCACCACACGCUCUACGAUCAGGUGCUGGCGCCGCCGCCCGUGCAGUUCGACGAUGCCGAUAUCGAUCCUAGCAUCGCUGCCCAGCUCCUCGCGACGGAGCUCUACCUCGCUCAGCGACAGCAGCAGCUCCAGCAGCAGCUCCUCAACCUCACGGCUCAGCAGUUCGGCGCCAUGAAUCUGACCAACGGACUUCGGCAAUCGCAACCAUUCCCGUCGACGCCUUUCACGCCACAGAUGAACGCCUACGGUCAGCAAUUCCAGAACACCUCAGCUCCCCAGGAGACCGACCAGCCUGGUGUCUACCUUGCCUUCAAUCAACUUACUGGGCAAUAUCAAUACGUGGUAGAUCCGAGCUUCCAGCAGCUUCAGCAGGACGACAUCCGAACUCAGACUGUGUCUGCCAAUUUGUCGCACUCUCCGCCUCCCCCGACUCCGAGCUUCACCUCGUCCCCUCCCAAGGUCAACACGCCGACUCUGCAGGUGUCUCCUCCCAAUGAGAUCAGCCCAAGCCCUUGGGCCUCCCGCAGCUCAUCCCCGCCAAAGAAGUCCCCGACCCCGCCGCAGGAGUACGACCCGCUUCCGCCGCCGUCCGCCAACGCCUUCCGCCGUGGCCACAAGAAGAACCUCUCUUCGCUUGCUGUGGACGCCAAGGCGGAAACGCCAGAGGGCCCGAAGUCUGCCUUUACUCGCCCGGUUGGAUUCCCCGCGACUCCCAACACGGGCUCCUUCGGCCCAGGGCAGGCGCGUGCUGGAGAACACCCCCUCCGACAGCCUCGGGGACCGCCGCCACUAGAAGAGCUCCAGGUCAGCCCCACCACCAAGCACGAGGGUAGCAAGAACUUCGCUACGCGCCAGCGCCGACAGGCUGUGAGCAACCUCGUUCGUGCCGGCAUCGGCCGCCGUGGACACCGCACCGAUAGUGCUGGCAGCAUGAGCCCAGUGAGCGAGACUGAGAUGUCUUUCCCACUGUCCGACUCCGACAGCGUCCACAGCGCGGGAAGCGGCAGCCUUUCUGGCAAGCCUAGCAUUGGAAGCCUCCGUGCAGCUGCCAACGGCGCCAUCGGAUCCGAAAGGAAGGCCUCGAAGGAGCGCUCUCGGGACCGCACCACUGUCGACCGCUCUUACACUGCCAACAGCGUUAGCAGCGAUGAGGGUGCGUCGGUUGGUGGCGGGCUUGUCGAGAUCCGAGUGGACGAGCCAAAGCAGUCGGGCGAGCGCCGCACAAUGCCCAAGCUUGUCCUCACCAGCGCUGAGAAGCGAAAGAGCUCGAUGUUCUAAGUGUCGCCGUUCCACUCCGGGAUACCUUCUCGGCAGAUUCCGAGGCGAUCUUGUUCAUAUUGUUGCGGCGUCUUAGCAGGCGUUGCGACAUUACUUACGGCCAGUCACGACUUGUUUCUUUGCUUUGCGUUCAUUGGAUUGGGGUUGCAUUUUGGGUGGGGUUCACUGUUAUUGCUCUUUCAUGAUU